CAGCACACCAACAGGAAUGGGCUCCCUUGCUCUGACCGACAAAGAGAGGGAAGGCGCCGAGAUCGUCUAUGGACGGGAGGAGUGCCGCCGGCACUGCGUGGAGCUGCUCGAAGAGCUCGGCUUCCCGAGGGGUGUCCUCCCUCUCAAGGACCUUGAAGAAUGUGGAGGGGUGAGGGAGACGGGGUUGGUGUGGAUGAAGCAGAAGGGCCCCUAUGAGCACUUCUUCGCAGGGACGAAUACCCGAGUGAGGUACGAGGCGGUGGUGACGGCGUACGUGGAGAAGAAUAGGAUGAAGAAGAUGACGGGGGUGAGGAGCAAGCAGAUGCUGCUGUGGGUACCAAUCACCGAGAUGAUCAUGGAUGACCCGGCUGGGAAGAAGAUAUACUUCAAGUCAGCAGUGGGGAUAGGAAGGUCCUUCCCGGUCUCGGCCUUCAUGGAUGAGGAGCGGAAGAAGAUUGAGGGAGAGAUUGGUGCUUGAAACUGGCAGUUCUUUGUUAUUAGUAUACAUGCCAUUCUACGUGAGCAAAUAAGUCAUUGGAACUAAGAAAAGGUUCUUUUGCAUUGGAUAUUGCGUCAAGAAGAAAAACAAUGUUUAUGUUUCUGUUCUGUUUUCUUUGAUCAAUGAGAGAAAUUGUCAGCAUCCCAAGUUCAAGAUUUCCUGUUCUUGAGUAGCUGGCUAAUAGCAUAUAUACAAUGCAAGUUUUUCUCUACUUUGUCCUCUUUGAGAAAUAAAAAAUAAUAAAGUAAGUUAUGCAA